UCUCUGUUUUUUGUUGCUUCAGGAAAGGGCAAGAUCUGAUCUCGUCACACUAUUGACUUCUACUGAGCAUCGUUCUGAAGACUUCUUUGUCGGAUCAAUUGAAAGAAAACAAGCAGAAACAUGCUGACCUUUUCUUGUGUAUUCGUAGCGCUGCUCGCUCUAUUCGGUGGGGUCUUCGGAAGGUCUGCCCCAAUCACCACUCUUCCACCCACAUCAAUCCUCCCGUGCAUUUUUGACAGGCCUACAUGCUAUCCAGGAACAGUGUUGGUAGAAAGCAAUAAUGGCCCAUGCCCCGAGUUCGAAUGUGUCCGUGUUUCUAGCCCCAGCCCUAGCCCUAGCAGCCCUAGCCCUAGCCCCAGUAGCCCUAGCCCUAGCCCCAGCAGCCCCAGCCCCACCCCCUUCAAGACCUGCCCUCCAGUUAUGAUGCCUGCUUGCCGCUUCGGGGACUAUGUAAAACAAGAAUACGAUUACCAAGAUUGCGAGUACUGGACUUGUACCUCCAACCCAUCUUCCCCAGUCACCACUCUGCCACCCACGCCAAACCUCCCGUGCCUUUUUGACAGGCCUACAUGCUAUCCAGGAACUGUCUUGGUGGAAAGCAACUAUGGCCCAUGCCCUGAGUUCCAAUGUGUCCCCGUCUCUAGCCCCAGCCCUAGCCCCACCACCCCCCUGAUGUGCCCUGUAUUUACGAUGCCUGAUUGCAGCACCGGAUACUUUACCGUAACACAGUGA